AGGGGCUUUCGGGACGGGCCGGCACGGCACGGUAGGGCAGCUGUAGUAGCCGCUUCAGUAGCCGCCUCUUCUCCACCCUCCGGCCGCCGCCGCCCGGGAGAGCGCCACCCCGCGCAGCCACCCCGCCGCUCCGGGCUGAUCCGGUAAGAGGUGAUAAUUCAGUGUAGAAGUUUGGACGGUACAAGAAAAAUUCUCCCAAAAUGUCAUACAGACGUGAACUAGAAAAAUACCGAGAUCUGGAUGAGGAUGAAAUCCUUGGAGCACUUACAGAAGAAGAGCUGAGGACGCUAGAAGAUGAAUUGGAAGAGUUGGACCCUGAUAAUGCAUUGCUGCCUGCAGGACUGAGACAGAAAGAUCAGACAAAAAAGGCCCCCACAGGUCCAUUUAAAAGAGAUGACCUCCUGGAUCACUUGGAAAAGCAAGCUAAAGAGCUUAAGGACCGAGAAGACCUGGUCCCCUACACAGGGGAGAAAAGAGGAAAAGUUUGGGUCCCCAAGCAGAAGCCAAUUGAUCCUGUGCUGGAAAGUGUGACACUUGAGCCAGAGUUGGAGGAGGCACUGGCAAAUGCAUCUGAUGCAGAACUGUGUGACAUUGCAGCUAUUCUUGGCAUGCACACGCUGAUGAGUAACCAGCAGUAUUAUGGAGCUCUUGGAAGCAGUUCUAUAGUAAACAAAGAAGGACUGAACAGUGUUAUUAAGCCUACACAAUAUAAACCAGUUCCUGAUGAAGAACCCAAUGCAACUGAUGUAGAGAAAACCCUGGAACGAAUAAAGAACAAUGACCCUCAACUUGAGGAGGUCAACCUUAAUAAUAUCAGGAAAAUUCCCAUACCAACUCUAAAAGCAUAUGCAGAAGCUCUGAAGGAGAACACCAAUGUAAAGAAACUAAGCAUCGUAGGAACGCGAAGCAACGAUCCUGUAGCUUAUGCACUAGCUGAAAUGUUAAAAGUCAACACUGUGUUGAAAAGCCUGAAUGUGGAAUCAAACUUCAUUUCUGGAUCAGGUAUUCUCUCUCUGGUUGAGGCACUCCAGCAAAAUACUUCACUGAUAGAACUGAAAAUUGAUAACCAGAGCCAGCCCCUAGGCAACAAGGUAGAAAUGGAGAUUGUGAGCAUGCUGGAAAAAAAUACAACUCUCUUGAAAUUUGGCUAUCACUUCACACAGCAAGGACCACGGCUCCGGGCAUCUAAUGCAAUGAUGAACAACAAUGAUCUCGUAAGGAAGAGGCGGCUUGCAGACUUGACCGGCCCCAUCAUUCCCAAGUGCCGAAGUGGCGUGUAGUGUGAGGAGGUGGAGAUGUGCCUUUGAACAGGAUGCCUUGUACUAAUAUAGUUUGUGCUCAACUGUGGCAACUUAAAGGCAAAACACCUACACCCACACCCAAAAUUGUGUGGUUCCAUUCUACUACUGCAUCUUUAUGCACUAAAGGCUUUAAGUUAUCUAACGACUGUAGUUGAAGAUUAAAAAAAAAAAAAAGCAAAAAACAUGGCUAACAUGAAGGUUUCCUUAGUCAGUGAAAUUCAGCCUAGGCUCUAACACUGCUGGUCUCGUUGAGAAAUGUAGUGUAGUACCAAAGUGAUUAAUUUCUGUAUGGAUUUCCUGUGUGGUAUUGCAGAUAUAUUUAGGAUGGAUAUGCAUGAACAAACUUCUCCAAAUCAUUUUAGAAGCAUUACAAAAUACUUUAUUUUAAAUCAUAUUCUCAGAUAUCUAGCAAAUACGUCAGUGUGAUCAUUUUUACUGUUUCCCUUUUCAUUUUAACAAUUUCAAAAUUGCACUUGCUGAGUUGAUUAACUAGACAAAGGAUAUCAACAGCAUCUAAAGUUUUCAAAAGAGUCUCUGCUUUGCGUGCAUUUCCAAAGGUCAAAGGAGUAAGGCCACAGCUUUGUGGGACAGCAAUUUCAAAGCAAUUAUUGGAAUAAAACAUAAAAAUAUUUCUCCAGUUGGAAAGUAGUAGAAAAUGUGGAGAUAGCAAUUUUAUUGUUCAAAAUCUUAAAUCUUCCUAAUCACCCCUGAAACACUUUUUUUUUCCUGAAUUUUCCAGAGUCACCUUUAUUUAUAUUAUCACCUUGAAUGUUUUUUUCCUUAAACACCUCCUUUACAAUGGUUGGGAAAAGCUGUUACUUGACAAUGCCCAUGACAGGGUAUUCUACUGCUCAAGGAAAGGGAUGCCAAAGGUAGUGUAUGUGGAGGUGAAAUGAUGGCAGGGUUCACUUGCUCUAUGGAGGAGCUAGAGCAGUAUUGUUUACGUAUAUGCUUAGAGCCUUAAACUCCUGUUCUGUCAUUUCACUAAACGAACCCAACUUUUCCCAAAGCCCAGGAAUUAAAGCUUUAAGCUGCAUUGGAAAAAAACAAAUCAAAAAGCCCCACUCAUUGUCCUGGUCCCUCUCAAGCUCCUGAGUGUGUGUGUGUUUGGGGAGGAGGGGCGGGGGGAGAGCGAGGGGGGAACGGAGGAACACGAGCACAUCUCCAGUUGAGAAAGGAGAAGGUGGAGUUAGACAGCAUGAAGAUUUUUGCUCUCAGGCAAUGAACUCAGACCACCGUGACCCAGGGCUCUGGGGAUCCCUCAAAUAUUUUUCAAACCUUUCAAAUCCAUCUACAGAAAAUGUGAAGCCAAAAUAACCUUGUGCCUUUUACUCUGCCAGAGUGCCAGAUAAACCAGUAUUUUUAUUGCAUUUAUAAUAGAUUAUAAUUUAAGACUUAGUAAUUCCUUAAGACAAGGUUUGGCCCCCAAAAGCUGAACAGUGCAGGUGGGGCUGUGGUGGCCUGUGAAGCGGGAGAACACUUUGCUUUGGUUGCAGUUGCUUUUGAGGAAAAAAAAAGGAAAAAUGUUCUUCGCUAAUAGAAGGUUCUAUAGUGACAGGGGGCCAGAGCGACACCUGCAAUCCUGUCCUGGGAGAAUUUCUUUCAAGUUACCCAGGUUAAGACACUGGCCUAGAAAUGGCAAGGUUCUGCAGGAAACUGUUAAAACUCAUGAGCUGCAUCUUUUAAACCACUUUCUCUUUUCAGAACUAUGACUACAGUUGCACUCUUGUAUCAUUGGAAAGUGCAAUGUAACAUUAAAGCAACUGAUCUUUG